AUGUACAAGGGCAUAGACCAGCCCAAGACAGCAAGUGUCUCUGUUACGAACUAUACAGAGAAGCACGACGAUGCGUCCGAGUCCGAGGGCGAUGUUGGCCUGCAAAGCCGAUUUCCAGAAAUUGACGAGGCGAAGAUCGUACGCAAAAUAGACGUGCAUGUCAUCCCAGUCUUGUGCCUCGUAUACCUGUUGGCUUUCCUCGAUCGAGUCAACAUCUCGAACGCAGCGUUGUUUGACCUCAAGACGGAUUUAAACCUGGUGGGCCAUGAGUACAACACUGCUUUGGUCGUGUUCUUUGUUCCAUACGUGCUCUUCGAGAUACCCUCAAAUGUUCUGCUCAAGCGCUUCAAGCCGCAUGUCUGGCUUUCAGUGUGUAUGUUCUUCUUCGGCAUCUUUUCAAUUUGCCAAGGUCUGGUCCGCAACUACAGUGGCCUAAUCGCAUGUCGGUUCUUUCUGGGUCUGGCGGAGGCCGGCGUCUUCCCUGGAUGCUUCUAUCUCAUAGCCAUGUGGUACAAGCGAGCGGAAGCGCAGAAACGAUAUUCCUUCUUUUUCUCUUCUACAACACUUGCAGGCGGAUUCGGUGGCCUUCUCGCUACGGCGAUUGGAAAAAUGGACGCUAUCUACUUGCAGGCCCAACUGCUGACUAUAGUGGAUUAUAUACCCCUACAGAAGGAACUGCGACUUGCGUGA